GGAUGUGACGUCACAGCCCCGCGCGGCCGCGGGCGGGCGUCGGCGAAGGUCGCCCUGCGGAGCGGACGAGGUGCAGCGCGAGCUCGGGCCGGGGAGCCGCGCGCCUUCGCCCCGCCGGCGGCGCCGAGAUGAGCGGGUACACGCCGGACGAGAAGCUGCGGCUGCAGCAGCUGCGGGUGUUGCGACGGCGGUGGCUGAAGGACCAGGAGCUGAGCCCGCGGGAGCCCGUGCUGCCGCCGCGCCGCCCGUGGCCCCUGGAGGCGUUCUGGAACAAGUUCCAUCUAUAACGUAUACUGGCGCAGUGUGUUCGCUGUCACUCAUGUGCUCAUACCUGCCUGGAUCGUUCACUAUUACAUGAAGUAUCAUGUGGCUACAAAACCAUAUGGCAUUGUUGAAAAGAAGCCCAGAAUAUUCCCAGGUGAUACAAUUUUGGAGACUGGAGAAGUAAUUCCACCAAUGAAAGAAUUUCCUGAUCAACAUCACUGAAGAUUACUUAAAAAUGUCGAAGGCUUAAGCCCAUGUUUUUUUCCUAUGGUAACUGAAUAUGUUUCCUGGAAAAUUAAUAAAGUUUAUGCUCAGAAAA